GACAACAAGCCGUCUGGUUUCCUAGGAAACAAAACCCUGGCUAGAAAUAGUGAAUCAUUUCCAGGUCGCUUUCAAGAUGGAGAGUGGCGCAGGAAAGCACUGGACUGAGGAAGAGGUUAAAGCUUUGCUAAGUGUCUGGGCAGAAAAAAAUAUUAAAAAACAACUUUACGGAACACUGAGAAAUAAAGGAAUAUUUAUUUACAUUGCUAAAAGGCUGCAAGCACUAGGAGUAUACAGAAAUUGGAAACAGUGCCGGGCAAAGUAUAAAAAUCUCAAAUAUGAAUACAGAACAGUUAAAUAUGCCCAUAACUCUGGAGACAGCUCUAAAACUAUGAAGUUCUUCCAUGAUUUGGAUGUGAUCCUGCAGUAUGAACCUGCCAGACAAUUAACAGAAGAAGAUGCAAAUGGCAGGUACCUGGAAACGCUGAGCCAAAGUCCAGCCCCACAGACUACUGAAGCAAAUGAAGGAGGAAAACACUGGACUGUGCCAGAAGUCAGGGCUCUAAUAAGCAUCUGGUCUGAUAAAAGCAUACAGCAACAACUAGAGGGAACAGUGAGAAAUAAAAGAAUAUUCGAACAAAUCGCUGACAAGCUUCAGAAAUAUGGAAUGGAGAGAGACUGGAAGCAGUGCAGAACAAAGUACAAAAACUUAAAACAUGAAUACAAGAUUGUGAGAAUGGCUCAAGACCUGGGCAUGACUAAGAGUAUGAAAUUUUUUACUGAGUUGGAUGCUAUUCUGGGACAUAAUAAAACAGAAAAAUCACAAGAGCAGGAACCCCAAGAUGGAGAACAAGUUACAGAACAUGCCAAUGUAAAAAUGGAAGAGGACCAGACAGAACACAGAGAAUGGUAUAAAGUUAUACAAAAGGAGGAAAUAAAUUGGAUUUCCUGAAGUUUAAAAAAAGACCAGUUUUAAUACAGCAGAAAUGCAACUCUGGAUAGAAGUAAAAUCAUUGCUGGAGAUGCAGCCAAAGAUGACUUGGUCAGUAAUAUGUCAGAAGACCUAAAAGACACAGAUCUAAAACAAAAUCCUGGCACAGAUACCAGAAUGUUUUUGGGGGAGGGGAGGUCAUCAAGCUCCCAAGCUGAAGCCUGUCACAGGCCCUGCAAGUAAGUCUUUCAGCCCAAAGCUUCACAUAGUCUUGGGAAAUGUAAAGAUCAAUGUUGAUUAACAAACCAGAUAAUCAAAUUCCCCACGCUCUUGGAAAACUUUUUCCUGUUGUAUCAGAUAUGAUUGAUUAAAAGCUCAAUGGUAAAAAGGAAGCUGCUAGAAUAACAACGGGAAAAUAAAAAGGAAUUAAGGAGACGAACUACUCAGGAACGUGGAGCUGACCAAAGGGGUAUGAACAAAGAUAAACAAAGGUCUGUGCUCCUAAGGUUUCUGAGGACACUAAAGCAAUGACCCUUGUCAUUAGAGUUAAAGAUCAGAUUACUACAGUUUAAUAAGAAAGACUUGCGUGAAAAAAUCCACAAACAUUAGCACUCUGAAGAUUGCAGUUUGUUAGUCUUCUGGAAAACUCAAUAUACUCAAGGUAACUUUUUUAUAUAUAAAAGAAAAAGAUUAAGUUGACUGUAAAUGGGCAGGACUUUCAAAAUUGGUAUGUUUAAUUUAUCUGGAAUAUAUUUAGAAAAUAUGAAACAUGAUAUAUUUACAGUCAUUCUAGAAACUGUUAUUUUAAACUUUCAGAUGAAAAUAAAAGCCAAGAUACAAAUCCACAAAGAUCCCAGCACCCAAAUACAGAGAGACCAAAUUUAAACAGGCAAGGAUUUUAGGCCACCUACAAUAUAUACCUACUGAUGUACAAAUCACCACUCCACUAUUUAGACAACUGCUGUGUUAAGGUAUAAAGAUACAGAUAUUUUCUUCAGGGAAAAAAUUCACAUCAAAUGUUCUUUUUUUAAAAAAACAAAACCACAUCUUCCUAAUUAUAACCCUUAAAUAGA